CUGACCACAAGUGACCGCGGUGCUCAACAGCUUUAAGAAAGUACCCACACCACAACAAAGAUUCAAAUUUGGCGGCUCGCUGGGGUACCAUCAAAUAACUGUCAAAUUCUAAUUCAACCGAGUUACCGAGUCCACCCAGUCCUUUUUCCGUUUAGCAAUGGAGAAGCCGCCUCGGAAGAAAAAGGGUUCCAGUCUGCGGGUCUCCCUCGGCCGAAAGUCUGUCGGGGAUCUGACCGCGCUUGAAGUGUCCAACGCGUCUUCCAACGAAAGCUGCCACUUGAAUCCGGAUUCAGCCGUGAUCGACCCUGACUUCGCCGCAAACCCUGAUUGGUUUAAACACCUGGGACCUAACUGUUCGGUGCUCGUCUCUCAGGACAGUGUGAAUGAAGCGAUUCUCAAUGAGAGGGACGCAAACCUGGUGAACAACUCUGAUGUAGAAGGGCUCAACUUGUCAAAGUUUGACCGGAAGAAAAUCAAUAAAAUAUUGAAUUCAUCAGUUGUGGUCAACACAUCUGAAAUAGAACGGCUCACUAAAAGGAAAAGCCUGGCCCAAUCUGAGGAAGUGGAUGCUGAGUUAUCUGAAGAAGAUGACAUCUCUCCCCCUAAAAAACCUCGGAGACCCACUACCUUCAAGAGAGGUACUCCAAGGGAUGGAGGGAAAUCACUCGUUGCUGACAAAGCUUUCCAGGCAAUUUUAGAUCAUGAUUCAGAGUCAGAUGAAGAAACAGUUUCACCUGUCAAAACUUCCAAAACAUCAUCUGUCAGGAAAUCUUCAUUGUUCCCAGACAGUGAGGUGUCUGUUGAAAUAAUCCGUAAAAGGCCUAAAUUCUUGCUAAAACGCAAGCAGGGAACGGUUGCCAAUGAUGAGGCAGAUUUAGCUUUGCAGAAUGUGUUUAAGAAGGUGAUGGAUGAAACUACUGAUUCUGAAAGUGGGUCUGAUACUUCCAAGGUAGCUGUACCACCAACAACCGAUGAGAAUGAAAGGAACAACUCUACUUCAAAAGAUACAUCCUUUGAAAUUCCUCGUCGUAGACCCAAUUUUUUGAGGAAGAGUCAUAACAAAGACAAGAGAACGUCUCGUGAUAGUUAUAACGUGUUCAAAGAAGUGGCAAAUGAGACUUCAGAUUCUGUUGAAGACACAGUAGCUGUUAACACAGUACCUCAAGAACUUGUAGAGCCAAGAGCUGGCACCUCACCCAGAAGAUCUGUUUCAGCUGCUGCAACCCCUGCAAGUCCCAAGGACAGUGAUGUAUCUUUGGAAAUCCAUCGCCGGAGGCCAGCGUUUCUCAGUAAGAAAUCUAAAAAGGAUUUCAUCCCAUCGCAGGAUCUUAUUGAUAAGUUCAAAAAUAUAAUGGAUCAAAGCACAGAUUCUGAAGGGAGUCAUGUUUCAAAGCAAAUCUUGUCAAAUGAUGCAAAUAACAGAUCAAACAUCUCAAAACCAUCAGCAGUUGAUGAUGUGUCUGUUGAAAUUCCUCGGCGCCGACCAGCUUUUCUGAAAAAAGGAUUGAAGUCUACCAGAACAUCUCUUGAUGAUCAUAAUCCCUUUUUGAAUGUGACAUCGGGUUCUGAGGAAGAUGAGGUUUCUAAAGAAAAUCUACCUUCUGUGAACCAUACUCCAGAGGGUGAUACUUCUCUACCACUGGGAGCAGAAGCGAACAACAUCAGCACGGUACCAGAAGUCUUUCAAACCAUGAAAAAGCAUUCCCUUUCUCUAAAAAAGCUUCACUCAGGCAAUCAAGUUGAUUUAUUAAGCCAGGUAGUAGAAGAGAACACUAUCUUAGAUUCCCAAUCCAACUUACGACCACUAAAUCAGAGUAAUUCUAGACGGAUGGUACCUGAUCAUGGACAUGUGAGUCGAAUAUCAAGCAUUGCAUCCAUCACUGAAAACACUAGGAGCGCCCCUUUAAGAGUGUCUCACUUGAGCCAGCGGGAGCGCGAGAACCUUCCUAAUGAAGAAAUUGGUGUAAGUCCUUCAGUAAAAGAAACUAGAUUAUCUCGAGGCAAACUUCCAUCCCUGGGGAAUGCUGAGCAACCCAAUAUCAGCAGUGAAUUAGGAGGAUCUAUGAGAAGCAAUGCCCCAUCACCAGCAGCCUCAAAAGAACAAGCAAGUUUUAAAUCUAUCAUAUCCUCACUAAGAAACGCGUCUAUGCCUUAUGUUCAAGAUGUGAUUAACUCUCCAGUGAGCUCCAAAGAAACUUCGGCUACACACAGUGUAAAGAGGAGUUUGCUAGGAGGUUCUAUGACUUCUCAUAAAAUCUUAACGGCUCAAAAAAGUGGUUCUGAAUAUGAUGGUAAUAUCAGUGAUGCAAGCACGAUAUCCUUGCCAUCAAAUUUAACAUUGUCUACUGUGGCACCUCGACCUCCAAGUCGGGCAUCUGAGUCAAACAACAGAUCUGCAACCCGGACUGAAGAAGCCAACAAUUCAGUUCUUCCCAAAGAAGCAUCGAUUUCUAAAAGUGUUAGUAAGCCGCAGCAAUCUGAAGCAGACACUGAAUCUCCUGCCAUGACUUUUUUAAAUGACACAGGCUCAGAUUCCGUGUUCAGUUCUGGAAUUUCCAAAGCACAAAGUUCAUCCCAUGUCCAUGAAAACUCUAAUGAGAGCUCUUGGACUGAAAAUCCUUACGUUAGUAUUAGAAGCAGAACUGAGUCUUCUGGUGAGGAGGCAGAGCCUUUUGAUGAAGAACUUUCUUCUAUUGAAGCUGUUAAUGAUGUUGGAGACAACGUAGGAGAUGAUGAUUCCUUUGAUUCCCUAGAGGAAAGCAUAAAUAACAAUAAUCAAGAAAAGGUUCAACACAAGAAUGAAUCUAGGGCCUUGCCUUCUGGUUCAGCUCAUCAUGUGGAAGAAGCUGCUUCUCCUAUUGGUGGUACACCCACAAGAGAACAUGCCAAUAGACAUUCUAUUUUCAGCCCACUUUCAGACAAGAAGUCAUCGUCAGCCAAAUCAGUAAGACCUCCGGCACCUGUUGUGACAACUGCUGCUUCUUCUAAAACUAAUUCUAUAAAAUCUCAGAAGGUACAUGAUGGAGAUUACAGGCAGAAGAUGAGGUUGUUUAUGAGUAAGUGGACUGAAGAAGUUAAGAAUGGGAAGCAUAUCAGUCAACCACUACCUCCCAAACCUGAUCCAAUUGUAAUCAAGAAACCAAACCCGAAGUCAGUGCUAAAGCCAGCAAAGAAAAAAGAAGUCUGCCCAUAUUUGGCAGAUUACCGUCCCCCAAAAAGAGUUAAACCAAAACCGUAUGUGACAUCUAAAAUGUACAAAUUUCUUGAGGCUAAAUUACAGCCUAAGUUUGGCUUGGAAUCUAGAAUCAAAGCAGAAGAGUUUGUGCAAUUUUUGUGUCGCACAGUUACAAGUGUUACCACCAAAAAGUCAAAGUAUCAUCAAUUAGUUUUUGACCUACGAGAUAAAAUGGUUUCGCUAGGACUUAUCAGGACUCAACUUCAAUUCCAUGUAUUUAUUGAAGAUUACCUUCCAGAUUCAUUCAGGGUAAAGUCCAUUCCUUGUUAUGGGUGUCCUAAGGGGCCAAAACUAGAUUCUGAUGAUUUAAAUGUAGAUCUGUCUGUUAAGUAGUCAUAGUGUAAAAAUUGUUUAAAGAAGUUAUUCUUUUAUAGGUUGUUUGUCACAGAAGCCAAACAUCCAGAUUUCAUAUUGUUUCAUUCUUUGUUUCUUUUUACUAUGUGCUAACCAAGUGUAGUGGAGCAAAAUAAAUGUUAAUUUUCACUUCUA